UCACUUGUUGCUUUUAAUGGAGACAUUCUUGACCAAAACAAGUGCAUAAACCUUAAUAAAUAUGGAUUUAGUACCAUUUCUAAAUUCGGGUCUUCUAGCAAAUAUUAAAUUAGAGAAAGAGAUUCCAACCGAGUUCUUAGAUGACCCCGAAACUGAGAGAAAUUGUGCAAAUUACCUUAAUAUUGACCAGAAACCGAAGUAUGGUCGCGUCUUGAUUUCAGCUAGUGGCAAAUAUACCUUAUUGUGUGAUGGCUGUAAGGGCCGUUUCGACAGUACGGAUUCAUUUACCAGGCAUGCUAAGGGGGUAUACUCGGGUUGUGGCAUAUGGAAGGAUAGCAACGAUGGAAUUUCCAUCAACAAGGUCGCCUUCGAGCGAGGCGAUUUUAGAAGUAAAGAGGACAUUAAGGAGGAUAUCACUGUGUGCAGGAUUACGAAAGACUUCAAUGUGAAGGAAUCUGUGACCAAUGAUCGGGAGACUAUUGUCAGAAACGAAACCUCAAGUAAAGAGAAAAAUCUAUGCUUCACUAAAUGUUCGGAAUCAACGAAGAAACCAAAUGUGAUAAUUACCGCUAAACCCAUCUACGAUGAGAAAAAAAAUUUUUGUAUCACAUGCGAUCGUCAGUGGGAAUCGCGGAAGACUUUUUUGCGACAUAAAUAUUAUCACAGGGAGAAGUUCCGUAAGCAGAUGAUGGCCCGUUCAAAUCAAGGCAGACAGGAAGAUAUUUCAGGCGAGGUUAUAGUCAAGGAUGAGCUAGAUUUCGGAGACUACGAGAUGCAUGACUCAGCAUACAAUGAAGGAAGCAUUAAAACAAUAGACGAUGACGGGGCAGAACGACUGAGGUUAUAUUCCGGCGAUACGCUCGAUUCACAGUCUUUUCAUGGCGGAUCUUCAGUACAAGGCUGGAUUAAGACUGAACCCAUGACCAAUACAACGAACGAGGACGGUGUAAGAAACGAAAUGAUAAGUGCGACACUUGGUAAAUUAGGGUUGGUAACCUCAGAAGAGAAAACAUCGCUAUGCGAGGAUGUUAGUGGGAAAUAUGGAACAGAUGCAGACCAAGGGCUAGAGUCCGGUGGGAGCGCAUCAGUCGUAUUUGCUUUGGAGCCCGAUUUCGACGAUGCCAAAACCUUGUGUAUUACCUGCAAUUGUCAAUUCAAUUCGAAGGAAGCAUUCAAGCGCCAUAAAAAGAUUCAUAAAUCGGAAAUUGUAAAGUGGAAGAUCGCUAAUGGUUUCGAAGUGGAACAAGGGAAGAUCAAAGUGGUAUUUUCUGAAAAUCCGAUCUUCGAUGAUGAGAAGAACUUCUGUAUCACAUGUAAUCGCGGAUUCACCUCCAUAGACAGCUUUAAGACUCAUAAGAAAUUGCAUAGAAGGAAAAUUCGCGCCAAGGGAGGUUUUAUUAAGACAGAAGCAAGAUUUUCUUGUGAAUUCUGCUCGGAACAAUUAAGAUCAGAAAUCGGCUUAAGAACACAUAUUGUGUCGCAACAUGGAGAUAACAUUCCAGAGUUCCUACAAAAUGAUCCAACAUACCUUGAAUGUCGAUUUUGUUUUAUGCGUUUUGAGAAGCCAACAGAACGUUUCCAACAUGAGAAGAGCCAUUCUGACGAACCAGAACCAUAUCGAUGCCCAGUUUGCCCGAAAUCAUUUGCCAGGAAUAUGCACCGCAAAAUUCACGAAUCCAUUCAUAGAAAAGAUCGUCCAUUUCGCUGUGUACAUUGUCCUAAAUCCUUCUCAACUCGGCAACGCCUCAAUAGUCAUGUUAGAUGUGUACAUUGUAGCAAGAAACCAUUAAUGUGCGAAGAUUGCGGAAAGAUAUUUGAUUCCAAAGUACAGCUUAGGAGACACAGCUUAGCUCACACGAAAGAAAAAAAUUAUGAAUGUGAUGAAUGUGGGAUUCGACUCCGCCAUCAAACGAGUUUAUAUAGGCAUAAGAAAAGACACGCUAAUCAACGUGACUUUAAAUGUGAAAAAUGCGAAAAAUUAUUUUUCACCAACGGCGAAUUGCUCGGUCAUAUGAGUGUGCAUUCCGAGGUGUAUUUUCAAUGUCCGCAUUGUGAAAAGCGAUUUAGAAGGAAGAAUAAUAUGACGGCUCAUAAAAAGGUACAUGAGAAGGUCGAUGAGGAUAGUGAAUCGCGUGAUCUAGAGGACGAGAAUAGUCAAGAGUGUGAAGGGGAGAAAGGCAAAAAGUUGAAAUUUAAGUGCACUGCAAAGGUAUUCUCACUAGAACCUCAGUUCGAUGAAGAAAAACACUUUUGCAUCACAUGCAAUCGUCAAAUGCACUCGAUUGAAGCAUUCAGAUUUCAUAAAAGUAGUCAUAAAUUCAAAAUUCAUAAAUGGAAGCAACGCAACGGAUGGGAAAUAAAAAAAGGACCCAUAAGAAUAGUGUUUUCUGAAAAUCCCAGUUUCGAUGACGAGAGAAACUUUUGCAUUACAUGCAAUCGUGGGUUCGCUACCAGAGCUACCUAUAGAUGUCACAAACGAAUACAUAGAAUACGGAUUCGUAAACGACAAGGCCUUCUGCCGAAAGCUACAAUUUCAUGCGAAUUUUGCACUAGACAAUUCCGAUCAGAAGCAGGUUUACGAGAGCAUAUUGUGCCCCAUCACGGAGAUAAGAUCCCGACGUCGCUCAAAGACGAUCCAACAUACCUAAUGUGUCGAUUCUGUCAUGAGCAGUUUGAAAAACCAACAGAACGUUUCCAACACGAGAAAACCCAUGCCAACGAAGAAAAGCCGUAUAGAUGCCCACUAUGCCCGAAAUCCUUCACCAAAAGCUCAGCUCGUAGAAUUCAUGAGUCAUUCCAUGGUGAAACUCGUCUAUUUCCCUGUUUGCAAUGCCCAAAAAUUUUUGGAUUCCUUCCAUAUCUUAAUCGUCAUGUGGAACGUGUUCAUUCUAACGUAAAAUCAUCACAAUUAAAAAUAAAAUCAUAUCCGUGCAAGAAGUGCGGAAAUUCAUUUAACACGAAAAGAAAACUAGCAUCGCACAAUGUUACUCAUAUAAAAGAAAAACCGCUUGAAUGCGAGGAAUGCGGUAUCCGAUUCUCAGGCCUACAAAGUUUACGUGUACAUAAGAAAAGGCAUGCUAACCGGCGGAAUUAUAAAUGUGAAAAAUGUGGAACAUUAUUCCUCACUGACGCUGAAUUUCAAAAGCAUAUGUCUAAGACCUCUGACGAUGGUGCGUUUCAGUGCCCGAUUUUUGACGAGCAGUCCGAGGGGGGGAACUCGUUAAUUGUUAAAAAGGAAGUAGAAGACUGCGAGGAAACGUAUAGUUGCCCGAUUUCCGAAGAAAAAUUCACGCAACAUAGUGAAUUGCAAUCGCAUUUCGAGCCCUAUGGAUUAGGGACUAGCCGCGAAUUCCUAUUUUCUGUGGAAGAUUUAUUACUCAAAAUAAAGCCUUUGAACGUGAAUUUGAUAUCUGUACUGAAUUCGGGAAUCCCGGCAGAGGUUGAAUCACAACAGGAAAUUAUAGAAACGUUGCUAGAAGGCGAUGAAGCUGUGGGUGGUAAUCAAGGUUCUUCAAGCGUCGACCUGAGAGCGAAGUGCGGACGUAUCCUGAUAUCACUCACUGGAAAAUAUUUCGCAGUUUGCGACGCUUGUAACUCUCGUUUUGGCGGUAUGGAUUCAUUAAGCAAACAUCUAAAGGAACCCCGCUCGGACUGUUGUGUACGGGAGGAUAGCUGUUUUGAAAUUACGGCCAGGGAGGAAGUCGCUUCCAGCAAAGACGCAAUUGAAGAGAAAGAAAUAACCGUAACAAAAACCGAUGUAACUUGUCCUCCGAAAAACACCAUUCCUAAUAAAUUUGUCAUCAAUAUUUCCGACAACAUCGUUGCGAAGGAUAACCAUGAUCAAGCCGAACCUCAACAUUCCAAAGUAUCUUCGAUAAUAUCAAGAGAACCUACAGUGAUACUAACCAACGAAUCUAACGAAGAUAAACAGUUAGACAUUAUCUACGAUCAUCAGUUAGACUCCAGAAAAGCCUUAAUGCAACAUAGGAGCUCUCAUAAGGAGCUGUUUCGUCGGCCCAAGAGACCUCGUUUGCAUUCUAACAAGGAAGAGAGUACAUCAAACGAAUCUGGAACAAAGGACGAGUUGAAUAUUGGAAAUUAUAAGGACCAAGGAUCAGCAAAACAGAAGGAGGCAUUCCCGAGUCCAUACCCUUCUCGUUCGGAAUUCUUGGAGAGCAGCUGUAAUAAUAUGCAACCCAAGCCUGUCACAUCAAUUGAUGCAAAUACUCAACAACUGAACGUGGCUGGACAAAAAGGAGAAACCUCGGGAGAAAGUGUUCAAAAAUCUGAAUCAGAGAAGGACCAAGAAAUGAAUGUGAGCUUUGGCACGUUGAUAAAGGCUUUUUUGAGUCAUGAUUAUCAUCGGACGCCACCAAUUAAAGCUUUUGCGAUAAUGGGCAUUGAUACGCGGCCUAUUCAUCAGCAAGGAUUGAUGAAGGUUGCGGAUACCCCAUCAGAGGAUGCUACUCAUAGCGAAAAAUCAUCGCCUUGCGAAGGAAGCAGUCGCCAAUGUGCAAGUGAGAAAGACCACGAUCUGGUUCCAAACUCCAGCGAAUCGGUUAUAGGCAAACGUACUGAAUGUGAACCAAAUAAGAUUGGAAACUCAACUGAAGUUGAAUUGGCCAAGAAAAAUGGAAAAGUGAUAUUUGCAGCUAAACCUAAGUUCGAUGACGAAAGACAGUUUUGCAUUACAUGCAAUCGUCAACUGGAUUCCAAAGAAUCAUUCAGACUCCAUAAAAAUAGGCAUAAAAGACAAAUUCGUAUGUGGAAGCUUCGGAAAGGAUGGGAAAUCAAACGGGCGUCCAUAACCAUCGUAUUUUCCCAGAACCCAGAAUUCGACGAACAAAACAAUUUUUGUACCACAUGUAAUCGGGGAUUCCCCUCUCGAAUAAGUUUUAAGACUCAUAAAAACUCACAUUGGGCUGAGAUUCGUAAGAAACGUGUCCGCUCUGAAGUCACGUUUUCUUGUGAAUUGUGCUCUGAACAAUUUAAAUCGAAAUUUUCCCUAAGAGAGCAUGUUGUGACGCAGCACGGAGAUAGGAUUCCAAAAUCCUUAGAAGGCGAUCCAACAUACCUUAAAUGUCGUUUUUGUCACAAUCAAUUUGAGAAACCAACGGAACGGUACCUGCACGAAAAAAGUCAUGCUAACGAACAAACUCCGUAUCGAUGCUCACUAUGUGCCCAGUCUUUUCCCAGGAGUUCGGGUCGUAGAAAUCAUGAGCUAUUUCACAGAGAAAAUGGGCCCGUUUUCUGCUCGCACUGUCCCAAAGCCUUCAGGAUUCAGGCGCAUCUUGAUCGUCAUACUAAACUUUUCCAUUCUCUGACAAAAUCCUUUUCAUGUGAAUACUGCAACAAAUCCUUCCGCAGGAACUCGUAUCUUGUUCACCACAAAUUUAGUCAUUCAAGACCUCAUAAAUGUGACGAAUGUGGCAAGCGAUUGGCUCAACUACGAAGUUUGCAUAGACAUAAGAAAAGACACGCGAAUCAACGAAAUCAUAAAUGUGAAACUUGCGAUAAAUUGUUCUCCAGUACCAGCGAUUUACAACGUCAUAUGACGGUACAUCUGGAUGUGUGGUUUCAGUGCCCCAACUGCGAAAGACGGUAUAAGGAGAAGAACGAUAUGACGGCUCAUUUGGAAACACAUGGAGGCGAGGAUACAAAUGACGGUACAAUUUGUGACGAUAAAUUCACUCAGGGAAGCGGAUUGCAUCCUCAGUUGCAAUCCCAUAGUGAUAAGUUAUAAUGUUGUACUCGCAAUGUUUUGUUAGAUUUAGUGAAUAAUUAUUUGUACGUAAAUUAAGAUAGAAAAUGGACUGCGGUUGAUUUCAAUAGAAUGGUGAUGGAGGAAAUAGUACAUACGAAAAUCACGAAACCACUUACACAAACCCCAGACCCCUCUGGACUUUUCAUAAAACAUUACUUUAUACUCGAA